UGUCUAAUCAUCCUCCACCUUAAAGAAAAAACAGUCGUCAUGAAUAACGACCAAAUCGUCGCUAAUUUCUCAACAAUAAUCUCCAUAAUCCUCACCAACAAAUCCACCAUCUUAAUCACCGUCAUCGCCGUUACCCUCCUCCGUUACAUUCUCAAAACCCUCCACAACCGCCGUCAGUUUCCCAUCCUCACCGUUAAACAAACCGCCACAAAACCCGUUUACUGCACCGUGUGUCUUUACGACGUCGUUAAAGGCCAACGGUACCGCCGGUUGCCGAAAUGCCACCACUGUUUUCAUUUGUAUGAGACUAGUGGGUAUGGAGAGCCUCAUCUCCAAGGGGAUGGGCCGUCACGUCACCGUCAUGUAGGAGUGGCUUGAAGAGGAUGGACCUAGAGGGGUGGAGGAUGAACCCCUUUAUAUAUAUAUGCAUGUAUGUAUAGGUGUAUGUGUGUGAGGAGAGAGGAGAGAGGCCCAUCUUAUCCGGUUGUGGGGAGCCGAUCUUGCCGAACCGGAGGAGUGGGGGGCGGUGUGGGGGACCGGCGCCGGUCCUAGCCGGGCCUCAGCCGGCCCCAUACCCACUAGUCUGGCUAAUUAUUAUAAAUGUUUUAAAUAUAUCUCAUGUUCCUUUCAUUCCAGUCUUCCAGAAACUAUGUAAACCUUCAAAAGCAGACAUCUUAUCAGUUAGACUUUCUAGAAGAGGUCAACUGUUGAUUCUGAUAUCGAUAAUGUUACUAACGUCUUGGUCUUUCUUAUAAA